CAGUGGGCGCUGCCGCGGCGGCGGGCGGCCGCUGUGCCUCUCUUGGCGCAGGCUGCGGCCUGCCCCGCCCCGCUGAUGCCUGCCCGUGCCGUGCUGGCGGAGGAGGCGUUGCUGUGGCAGCGGCGGGUCCUGCCGCCGCGUUGGGCCUGGCGGGUCGGGGCCGGUCAUGGAGGCGAAGAAGAUGAACCUGCCACGGGGUCCCGAGAACCUCUGCUUUGACAAGGACGAGUUCAUGAAGCCGGAUUUUGAUGUUGAUCACUUUGUGUCAGACUGCAGGAAACGUGUGCAGUUGGAAGAGCUCAGAGAGGAUCUGGAGCUCUAUUACAAACUCCUUAAAACUGCCAUGGUAGAACUCAUAAAUAAGGACUAUGCAGAUUUUGUUAAUCUCUCAACGAAUCUAGUUGGCAUGGAUAAGGCCCUUAAUCAGCUUUCGGUACCCUUGGGACAGUUAAGGGAAGAAGUUAUGAGUCUUAAGUCAUGUGUCAGUGAAGGAAUUCAAGCAGUAGAUGACCGAAUGACUAAACAGGAAGAUAUUAGAAGAAAAAAGAUGUGUGUCCUGAGACUUAUUCAUGUUAUUCAGUCUGUUGAGAAAAUUGAGAAGAUUCUACAUUCCCAAGGCACUAAAGAAUUGUCCUCAUUAGAGGGAAACAGCCCGCUUUUAACUGGACAGGUUUUAGAGAGAAUUGCCACAGAAUUCAAUCAACUACAAUUUCAUGCAGUACAAAGCAAAGGAAUGCCCCUUUUGGACAAAGUGAGACCGCGUAUAGCUGGAAUAACAGCUAUGUUGCAGCAGUCUCUGGAAGGGCUGCUCUUGGAAGGUCUUCAAACUUCAAAUGUUGACAUAAUACGUCACUGUCUUCGCACUUAUGCAACGAUUGACAAAACACGAGAUGCAGAAGCAUUAGUUGGUCAAGUGCUUGUAAAACCUUAUAUAGAUGAGUCUUCUUGGCAGGUGAUUGUGGAACAGUACGUUCAAUCUCAUCCUAAUGGCCUUCAGGCUAUGUACAACAAACUAUUGGAGUUUGUUCCUCAUCACUGCCGUCUCUUGCGUGAAGUAACCGGGGGAGCUAUUUCGAGUGAAAAAGCAGAUAUUGUUCCUGGAUAUGAUUUCUUAGUGAAUUCAGUGUGGCCAGCAAUAGUACAUGGUUUAGAAGAGAAAUUGCCAUCACUGUUUAACCCUGGAAACCCAGAUGUGUUUCAUGAGAAGUACAUUGCUAGUAUGGAUUUUGUACGGAAAUUUGAACGACAAUGUGGCUCCCAGGCCAGUGUGAAACGGUUAAGAUCUCAUCCCUCCUACCACAGCUUUAACAACAAAUGGAAUUUGCCAGUAUAUUUUCAAAUAAGAUUCAGAGAAAUAGCAGGGGCCUUAGAAGAAGCACUUUCAGAUACACUAGAGGAAGCACCAGCUGGCAGCUCAUACUGCCUUUUGGCCACUCACAUGGUCUGGAUGAGUCUUCUGAAGUGCUGGUCAGAUCAAAUGUUUUUACCAUUAUUAGCACACCGUCUGUGGAAACUUAGUCUGCAAAUUUUGGCACGCUACUCUGUGUUCAUUGGUGAGGUUUCUGUAAGGCCCAUUUCCAGUGAGAACGCAAAAGAAAGCAAAAAAUCUGUGCCAGUUGGUAGAAAGGAAUCUUCUGUAAGCCUCAACCCUAGUGAGGACCAAGGGAACGGGUCUUCUCCAGAAAGUCAGACGUUGCCUUCUAUAUCUAGUACUCAGUUGGUAUAUGUUGCUGCAGAUGUGGACAAACUCCAGGAUCAGAUUCCUGACAUCUUAGAAAUGAUUAAACCAAAACUUGAAACGAUUGGCUUCAAGAAUGUAUCUUGCAUUGCAGGAGCCUUGGAAGACUCAAAGAAUUCUUUAUCAGCCUGCAUGCCUACCUUGACUAACAGGAUUAUUCAGGAUCUCAGUGAGUCCUCCUUCACUUACCUGAAGAGUGCACUGGAAGUUCCAAGAUUAUAUAGGAGAACCAAUAAGCAUAUACCGUAAGAUGCAGUGCUGCUGAGUGGUGGGCUUCUUUUGGGAGAAUGACACUUCUGUCUGCUAUGUCAAGAAACUUCUUCCCAGUGAGCUAGCUGCUUGGAAUUGAUUAAAGAAGCAUCUUGCACAGAAGGAACAAGAUGAGAAUGGCUAAAAAAAGUAAUUUGUUGAGAAACUAAUAAAAAGUAAUGGUGAAAUACAGCACCAAAACCAAUUGUCUAAUCUUGGCUCGUUCUACUACUGUGACUUGCCUUUGCCAGUCUGUCUGCACACUCAUGUUGGUAGUUAGCUUGGUAUCAUUCCAGCAAGAGAGACAAAUUUGAGUGACAGGAACCACGGACUACUGCAUCCUUGCCUAAUUUGAACACAGAAGGCAGGCUGAAAUGGGCAAGGCCACAGGUCUUUUCCAUUCUCCCCUCUCCCCUUGCUCUUUCUUUCUGCUUGUUUGUGGUGGAGGGUUGCCUUGACUCACCAAAAUCAAAAGCACUUUCUUGGCUAUCACAAAGAGAGUGCACUGCCACCGGCAAUGCUGUACUUUUUUCAGUGAGUAAAUGGAAAAAAUUAGAGCUGUUAAGUCUACUUCUUUCAAGUAUAUUUACUUUUCUUUGGGUGGUGAACAUUUAGGGUAAGCUGGAAGAGAAAUUGUUUCCAAGGGAGUAGUUCAUUACUUCAAUUUAUUACUGGAGUUUCUCACUAUCUUAGUUUUAAGGACAUACUUAAUCAGAAAUUGUAUUUAAAAAGAAGAAACAACCUCAAGGCUAAUAAAUUCAUCUCUGUAGUGACUAGAUUGUUCUGUAAUAGAGAAUAUAAAGUUAAGGAAAGAGUAGAACAAAGUAUGUAAGUCAAAGGAGGGUGAAAAAAACAACCCUACUCUGUUCAGCUAUCUGAAAGCAAGCUGUGUAUAGUGAUUUGGAGGACCACCAUCAUCUCUGUUGUCCAUGGGAUGAUUAAGCAGAUGGUGGGCUAACUGUGCCAAAAGAAAGACAUAGGACCAAGCCACCUUCCAAGUCAGUUGAGUUGCUAGCUUGAGCUCUGUACUCCAUGAGUGUGACUGCAUUGCUCUCUUGGCUGUCAGUCUAACUGGCUUUAUGUGGAGAGAUGACUUGGGUAGAGAAAGUAUGUUAUUACAGUCAUAUUAAGUUCUGGCAACUUUAUUUUUACUAUGUUUUAAUACUUUGAUUUUUCAGCAGAAUUCAGAAUUGGGCAUGAGGAUAGUCUUUGCAGGAAUCACAUGUGCCAAGACUCUCUUGCUUGGCCAAGUUCUAAGAUUUGGAACUCUAAGAGGUUAAUGCGGUACUUCAGGUGUCAGAGAUUUUGUGUACCCUGCAUAUGUUCUGUUGCUUUGCAGUGCAUGAGGUUCACCCGAGCUAUGUGUGGAUCAUCCCUGCAGAGAUGAAGCAUUCUGGAACCAAAACUAGCUGAGAAGAUGAUAGUGAGGGGAUAUUAGUUAUCCCAAAAGCAGUCUUCUGGAAAAUAUACUGAGAGAGCAUGAUAGCAUAAGAACAGAAGGAAAAAUGUCUUCAGUUUAGUGAAGAAUUGUAUGAAAUAGUAGGUAUUGUAACAAAGAGCUAACAGUCUGUUGUGGACGCGGAGUCUGCUCAGCUUUCUCUGAAAUCAGUGUGAGCAGGAAGUGCAUUCAGGGAUUGUGCCCUGAUAAGAGGAGUGGCUGGCUGGCACGUGUAUCUCUCAAAAAGCUUUGGUCUUUUUGAACCUUGUUCUGUAUUAUAUCACAUUGUAUAACACUACUGAAUGACUUUGAGAUGGUGUCCUUCCUCUGUAUGAUGACCUCUUUAUUGAUUUGUCAUGAAUGGAGUAUGUAUCUCUUUGCUUAGGUGCAGGGUUAGCAUUUUGUAUAUGUGCUGGAGUUCAGUGUUGAUACUUUCAGUAAGUAAAUUACUGGUUCUUUUUC